GACAUUUGUCAUUUAAGCAGAUAAAGUUCCAUUGUUUAUAGAUUUCGUGAUUCCGUGUCGACGGCAUCGAUGGAUGCAUUUACAAGUUACAUUUAUUUUUUAAUUGAUAAAAAAUGGGUUGAAAUCGAAUUAAAUUAAAGCCUACGGAUAUAUUAUUUAAAUUGACAGCACCUUAAAAUGCGAUCAUGGCUACUUUCAUAACUGUGUUAGUCAUAACAUUGUGGCUUCGGUGUACAAGAGUUCAAUGUAAUGAUUUAAUAUCUCAGUACCCUAUUUUAAAGAAUGAAACGUACCAGUUUUACCAUUUAGCAGUGGACAAAAUAAGUGGUCAAGUGUACGCAGGUUCAUUAAAUUGGCUCCAUCAACUUAGUCCUGACUUGAAACCAAUUCACGUAGUGAAAACUGGACCGAAACCUGAUAAUCCUAUGUGCCAUGCCAGUGGUUGUGAUCCAGACGUGACAACAACAAUAACCGACAACGUGAACAAAAUUUUGGUCAUCGACCAAGAAUCAAGAAUCGUGAUUGCUUGUGGAUCUAUCGCUCAAGGCUCUUGUCACAAAUAUAAGCUUGGAGAUCUGUCAACGGAACCGGAAUUUGUAGCCGUGAGUGUUGCUGCUAACGAUGCUGAAGCUUCAACCUAUGCCUUUAUUGGUCCAGAGAGGUAUAACUCAUUAGACAGAUCUAAUGUUCUUUAUGUUGGAACAACAUUUACAAACAAAGGAGAAUACAGGCAUGAUGUACCUGCAAUUUCUAGUCGAAAUUUGAUGACACUAGGACUUGCACAGCUGACAUUCUCCAAACAGAGUAUGCUGCAAAUUGAUGUAAAAUACAGAGAUAAUUUCCUAGUGCAUUAUGUGUAUGGUUUUAAUGCCAGUGACUAUGCCUAUUUUUUAUUAAUCCAAAAACAUUCUCACCUCGCUGGUAAUGAAGAACUAGGCUAUGUAUCUCGUUUAGCCCGUACAUGUGUCAAUGAUGACAAUUAUAACAGUUACACAGAAGUUACCUUGGAGUGUCAUGUAAGAGAAGAAAAUAUUAAUGGUAAGAGUGAAAUUGUCAAUUAUAAUCUUGUUCAAGAUGCUAAAAUUGCAAAAGCUGGAACUAAUUUAGCAAUGCAACUUGGAAUUGAGACAGGGGCCCCAAUUCUAGUUGCAUUGUUUAGCCCAUCCAAAAGUAUAUCAAAUGAACCCAUGACAAAGUCAUCUAUGUGUGUUUUUUCUUUACAAGAAAUAGAAAUUAAGUUUAAUGAGAAUGUUCACAUGUGUUUCAAUGGUAGUACGAAGGCACGUAAUAUGGGCUAUAUAUCAGGGAUGAUAUCUGAUGGCAAAUGUCCAAGCGUUGGUUCCACAGGAAAUAUUUUGAAUUUUUGUGAGGUGGGUCUAAAAAUAAGUGGUCUUUACCCAAUUAGAAGCACAUCAAUUAUCAAUUGGAAUGAUACAUUAAUUACUUCAGUUGCUGUGUCAGUUACUGGAUUGCAUACAGUAGCAUUCUUGGGUACUAGCAAUGGUGUUCUAAAAAAAGUAUUGAUUGAUGCAGAUAAAGCCUUAGAAUAUUCUAGUGAGAAAUUGCUUCCAAAUGAAAAAAUAUUACCUGACACUACAUUUUCACCAUAUCAGAAAACUCUAUAUCUGCUGGGCUCCCAUAACAUUGUACAAAUACCAACAGAAAAAUGUGCAGAACAUGGAAAUUGUUCUGCAUGUCUUGAAUCUAAUGAUCCUCAUUGUGGAUGGUGCUCCCUAGAAAAAAGGUGUACGAUACAAAGCAUGUGUCAGAAAGGCACAUUAAGUGCACCAAGGUGGUUAUCUCAGUAUAUUGGUCAACAGUGCAUUGAUUUUGAACAAAUUUUACCUGAUAGAAUAUCUGUGAAUGAAGUGACAACAGUACAGCUAGCUAUAAAAACUUUGCCAGAACUACCUUUUGGGGCCAAAUAUAAGUGUGUGUUUGGCAACGCUCCCCCGAUUGAUGCAGCAGUUACAUCUAAUGGGUUAGCUUGUCCCACACCAGAUGCAAAACAUAGACCUAAAAUUCCAAGUAAUCAAGAUCAUGUCAAUGUGCCUCUAUCAGUUCAUUCAUCAGAAACAAAUAAAGAUUUUGUUUCGCGGAACUUUGCUUUCUAUGAUUGUUCCAGACACUUAACAUGUCAUUCUUGUAUUACGAGCGAGUGGGCAUGUAAUUGGUGUAUUUAUGAUAAUGUGUGCACACAUGAUACCUCAGCUUGUCAAAGAACCAUCAUUAGUGGUGAAAAGAAUCCAACCAAACUGCUUAAUCAUGGUAUUGGACAUUGUCCUAGAAUAAGGCAGUACAAAAAGCCAAUUCUUUUGCCCUACAAUGUUCCUAAAGAAUUAGAACUGGAAGUUGAAAAUCUGCCUCAUCUGCAACCUGGUCACAUAGGUUUCCAGUGUGUUGUUACAAUUGAGCAAGCAAACAUGAUAUUGCCUGCACGAAUAGAAUCAAAUCAUUACAUUGUUUGUGAUAAAACCACUUACUCAUAUGAAGAAGAUGUAGGUGAAUAUAAUGUAAGUGUAAAGGUUGUUUGGAAUCAUAAUCAUUACAUAGACACAGUUAUGAUAACGUUAUAUAAAUGUGAAAUACUAGGAUCACACAGAGAACAUGCUGAUUGUUCACUUUGUAUCACUCGGAAUUCUAUAUAUCAAUGUACUUGGUGUGGGAAUUCAUGUUCAUAUAGUGAAUCUUGUUUAGAAACUCCUGUAACAGAAUGCCCAAAACCUAGAAUUGAUAUGAUAAAACCAUUAAGUGGACCCAUAGAAGGUGGCACAACUGUAACUAUAGAAGGAAGUAAUCUUGGAUUAAGAGUUGAAGAAGUCACAGGAAAAGUUCGGAUUGGUGAUGUUUUAUGUCAAAUUGUUGAUUUUGAAGUAUCAGUUAGCAUAACUUGUCAAACAGGACCAUCCAAUCAUUCUACAGUAGCCCCUGUGAUAGUUGAGAAUGACUCAGGAUAUACUGAAUCAUCUGUUAUGUUUAGUUAUGAAAAUAUAAAGUUGCAAGCAAUUUAUCCCACAUUAGGGCCAGUUUCAGGUGGGACACAAUUAGCUAUUGGAGGAGAACAUCUUAAUAUUGGAUCUUCUGUCAAGGCAUUUUUAGAUGAUCUACCAUGCUCUGUUAAUAAAACACAAACGUCCAAUAGCAGACUGAUAUGUAUAACACCUAAAGCAAACUUUCCACACAUUAUUCACACGCUGACAGUCAUUAUAGACAAUGCUAACAGAACUUUAAAAGGUGACCUUUUUAACUAUACUGCUGAUCCUACCAUAAUGGAAAUAAAGCCUUUAAAAAGUUUUGUAUCUGGUGGUAGAAUGAUUACUGUGCAUGGUACUAAUUUACAUACUAUUCAGAAACCUUUAAUGAAAUUGUAUUAUGCAAAUGAAGAAAUCCCAGUUAAUCAUACAGAAUGUAAAGUUUUGAGCUCAAAUCAAAUGGAAUGUCCAAGCCCAGCAAUAAAUACAAAGUAUGUAGAGAUUCUGCAAGCAACAAAAUCACAAACCAGCACUCCUCAAAUAGCAAUGAAAGUAAGUUUUGUGAUGGAUCAUGUGGAAACAAUGCAAGAUCUUAAAAAAUAUUUCAAUCCUCCACGAACACAUAUGGUAUUUGUUGAAGAUCCACAUGUAUAUCAGUUUCCUAAUAGAAUAAAAUCAUAUAAAGGUGACCCACUAGUAAUAGAAGGCGAAAAUCUGAUAAGAGCCAGUGAUGAAACCGAUGUUGUUGUAACUAUCGGCACACAACCAUGUAAUGUGACCAGCUUAACAAUGCAACAGCUCCUAUGCACACCUCCCGAAGUACAACCAUCCAAUACAGACGAAAACGGAAUGCAAACCACAGAGAAAAGUCUACCAUUAGUAGUUGUCAAAGUUGGAAAGAACUUGCGUUUUCCAAUAGGCUAUCUACAUUACGAGCUUUUGAGGAAUUACAAUUUUCCCCCAGAAGCUAUCGCAAGCAUUGCGGCUGGAACUUUUUUCUUGGUACUAAUAUUUAUGAUUGUGUUGGUGAUGUACAGACGCCGAAGUACGAAAGCCGAGAGGGAAUAUAAAAGAAUACAAAUUCAAAUGGAUACAUUGGAAAGCAAUGUACGAUUAGAAUGCAAGUUAGCAUUUGCAGAACUGCAGACCGAUAUGUCAGAUUUGGCAGCUGAUUUAGAACACUCAGGUAUUCCAACAUUAGACCAUGUUAAUUAUGUGAUGAAAGUAUUUUUUCCGGGAGUCUCCGAUCAUCCCAUAUUGAAUGUUCAAAGACAGUUCAUUAAUGCUCCACGGACCAAUUAUGAUGCAGCUAUGUUUCAAUUCGAGCAACUAUUAAAUAAUAAGUGUUUUUUGCUGUCAUUUAUAGACACAUUGGAAGCGCAGAAAUCUUUUAACAUAAGAGACAAAGUAAAUGUUGCUUCGCUUUUAAUGAUUAUAUUAAUGGGUAAAAUGGAAUAUGCUACAGACAUCCUCAAAUCUUUGUUGUUACGGCUCAUUGAUAAAUCAGUUUGCAGUAAACAUCCACAACUUAUGUUAAGAAGAACGGAAAGUGUUGUAGAAAAAAUGUUGACGAAUUGGAUGGCUUUAUGUAUGUAUUACUACUUAAAAGAUUAUGCUGGAUCUUCAUUAUUUUUGUUAUUUAAAGCUAUAAAACAUCAAAUCGAAAAGGGAGUCGUCGAUGCUAUAACACACGAAGCUCGUUACUCUUUAUCAGAAGAGAAGCUAUUAAAAGAGCAGAUUGACUAUCAGACUGUAACCCUACACAUUGUUCAAGACGAAUUUGAUGAAAAAGUUCAGUGUAAAGUAUUAGACUGUGACAGUAUAUCACAAGUAAAAUCGAAGAUACUAGAUGCUCUCUUCAAAAAUACUCCAUUUUCACUCAGACCUGCUGUCCAUGAAGUUGAUCUCGAGUGGCGUCAUGGAAGAGGUGGACAUGUUACGCUUCAAGACGAGGAUGUCACUACUAAAACAUUAAAUGGAUGGCGAAAAUUAAAUACAUUAGCCCAUUAUGGCGUUAAGGAAUCCGCCAUAAUGUCGUUAAUAUCACGACAAAACGAUAGUUUCAACACACCUUAUAAAAUACCAUGUAAAAAUUGUACAGGAAUAUACUGUUCGAAUUCACAUAUACGCGUAUACAAUAGCGACAUUACUGAUCAAAACGUGCAUUAUUAUCAUUUGGUAAAACCGAUCGAAUAUCAACAUAUUGUCAACAAAUCAUCUGAGCACAGUCACAAAGCCAUUCCAGAAAUAUUUCUCACAAGGCUGCUAUCUACUAAAGGCACAGUACAUAAAUUUGUGGACGAUUUCUUUGGCACCAUACUCACAGUAAACGAAGUACUGCCGCCCGCAGUGAAAUGGCUAUUUGAUCUAUUUGAUGAUGCAGCAAGAGCUCAUGGUAUUGUCAAUCCAGAAGUCGUCCAUGCUUGGAAGUCUAACAGUUUGCCACUAAGAUUUUGGGUGAAUCUCAUUAAAAAUCCUGAUUUCAUUUUUGAUAUAAAUAAAACCGCCACUGUAGACUCCUCUCUGUCCGUGAUUGCGCAAACUUUUAUGGAUGCAUGUUCAUUAUCAGAACAUAGACUUUGUAAAGAUUCGCCGUCAAACAAAUUACUCUUUGCAAAAGACUUACCCACUUAUAGAGAUAUGGUCAUAAGGUUUUAUCAAGCAGUUUCUCAAUUACCACAAGUUACAGACCAAGAAAUAAGCACGUCUAUGCAACAACUCUCUGUGGAACAAUUAAACGAGUUUGAUACUCUAUCAGCCUUAAAAGAGUUAUAUAUUUAUGUCAGUAAAUAUAGAGAACAAAUUAUGUUAGGAUUAGAAAAUAAAACACACUUAGCUCGUAAAUUAGAAAAUACAGCGUGCACCAUGGAAGGUGAUCCUGCGUCCAUGUGCUGACUAUAUGGCAGUAUCGAUUUAAUUGCAUUUACAUAAUUUAUUUCUAUGAAAUCUAUUUUAAGAAAAAGCUUUAAUUUAUUCUGAAAAUACUCAGAUUCAAAAUCAAUAGUAUUUAUAAAAGACUGUAAUCUAAUACCAAUCCUGUAAGAUUUAGUAGUUAACAUAAAACAACUUUGUAUUUCAUUGAACAUUUGUAAGAUUAAAUCUAUUUUUAUGAUUGCUUACCUGUCCUGCUUUAUACGCCACAUUUGUAAUUUCAAAGCUAAAAUUUGAUUUUGUUGUUUGUGCCAUUGUGUUAGAUUAAGGCAAUCUUUAUUCUUACACUGAACUUAUUUAUUAUCAAGGGAUCGCCCAGUGAAAGGCUACUUACUAUAUAAUACUCAUGACUGGCUCUCUGUAUUUUAAGCAGACAUAACAGAUUUCUUUCAUAAAUAAAUAUAACUAGACGUUUAAAAUGUGCAAAAUGACUACUAGAUCUGUUCCAUUUCUCUUAUUGUAAAUUUAAUUUUAAGAAAAACACUUAAAAUAUUGAUGUAUAUUAUGAUAAGAUGUAAUUUGUAAAGAGUUAAGGUUUUAAGAAAAAUGUUGUGAUAUUUGUAUUUGGAAUAUUUAUAUUAUUUCAUUAAAUUGUCAUGUAUUCUUUCAUCCAAUGUCAUCUUUUAUCAAAUUUUUGGGCUAGUUUUAUUCAAAUGCCUUUUAUGCUUAGAUUAUUUUCAUAGUUUGGAAAGCAGCAUCCUUUACUGUAAACUUAUAUGUUCCAAAUUGAUCUCAUUUAAAUGCUCAAAUUGCGUUAAUCUUCGGAGCUUAUGUAUUAGUAAAAUUUGCAAUAUUAAAAAACGAGGCAGUGAAUAAUAUUCCAUUUACAAAAUAUUUGAAAUGUAACAGUUAGAUUAUAACUUAGUUUGUAAGGCAGCGUAAAUUCACCCGUCUUUAAAAUUUUAUAUUACUGACUAGAAAUAUACUUAUUUAUCAAAACUUUUGUAAUGAAUAAUUUCAAUAUGAAUGGGAUAUAACAAAUUAAAA